AUGGAAUUUUAUGAAAAGUUCCAUAAAAUAAACAACCCACCACAAAAUACACAAUCUCAACCACAAAAAAACCAACAAUCACAAUCAAAUCAACAACCAAGACCAACAACCAACAACCAAGACCAACAAUCACAACCAAAUCAACAACCAACAAUCAACAACCAACAACCCCAACCCCAAACAUACCCACAUCCACAACCAAUAACCCACAACACCCAACAAUCACAACAAUAUCCACCUCCACAACCAAUAACCCACAACAACAACAACAACAUAAAUUACAACCAAACACCACACAAUAUUCCACAACCAAAAAGCUCUCCAUCAAUCCCAGAUUAUAAAAAACUAUUUCGAGCGAUGGAUGAAUAUGAAAAAGAACAACAACAACUCGAGCAACCACAACCACCACAACCACCACAACCAAAUCCAAUCCCAAUCCCAAACCUAAUCCCAACGGAAAUUAACUCAGGGGCAGUUACUAUUCCACAACCAUCACCAGAGGAUGAAGCUAAAAGACGUUUAAAUGAACGUUUGGAUCUCUACGAAUUAGAACAUAGUAGGGACAUCCCAGAAGAUGGCAAUUGUCAGAUGCAUGCAUUAUCUGACCAACUAUAUGGCAACUUGAACCAUAGUUCAGAAAUUAGAAGAGUCAUUGCCACAUGGCUUAUUAGAAAUAAAAAUUUCACCCUUCCAAAUGGUGCCAAAUUAUCCCAAUUUGCCAAUACCACAAAUUGGAACAGAUAUUGCAACCGAAUGGCAAGAAGUGGUACUUGGGGUGAUCAUUUAACAUUACUCGCAGCUGCUGAAAUUUUAAAAUCACAAAUAACCGUAAUUUCAUCAGUCGAAUCUGAUAGCAGCGCUUACAUUGAAAUUAUUCCAAGUUCAAUUGAAAAUAAUAGAGCAAUUGUUUUAUCUCACCUUGCAGAAAAUCACUAUGGUUCAUUACGUCAAAGAUCUAAUGCAAAUUCAAUAAAAGGUCCAAAUGGUAGUUCAAGUAAUGGGUCAAAUGGUGGUUCGAGUGUGGUUCAAAUGGUAGUUUACAUCGUAAUUCAAAUGGAAUAA